AUGUCAUCAAACUCGUACAACCCUUAUUCCUCAUAUCCGGAACUCGAACCUACACUACCCACCUCGACUUCCCCAAAGAUGUCCCAGGACGAACUUGAUGCUGAAUUGGAGUUUUGGAUCAGGACCCAAUUCACUUAUGACAUGGCACCGAUGGGAUUGCUCGAGGACGAUUAUUCUUAUGAGUCAAAGGAAACGAAAGUAGAGACUGAAAACAGGGAAGCUACUACGAAUUAUGCUGAAUAUGGCUUACUGAAACCUUACCUAGACUCUUCGUCUUCGAUAAACGGGAUUUUUUCCCAUCCAACUGCAAGCCGAGUGGCAGAUAUUUCGCGAACUACUUCGCCACCAAGCACUCCGAUUGCGUCUGCGCCAACCACCAACUACCUUCCCAUUUGUCCAGCUCCAGCAGUAGCUGGGGCAACCAGUGUGGAAGUUGGAGAAUUGGUCAUGCAGGGGCAAGUAAUGACUGGAGCAAACAGUCUGUCCACUCGAGUCUCUAAUGCAUCUCGCAAGAAUUCCGGAUCAAAGGCCAUAACCAAUGCCAGAAAGUUAUCUAUCGCUUCCAAGUCCUCUGACGACCAACCUGUACUUCCUCAACAGUCACCCCAGCAAUCGGCGCAACCGGGCGUAGCUGAUUCGGAAAUUUCUGCGAAACUUGCCGCCGAGGAAGACAAACGUCGUAGGAAUACUGCUGCAUCUGCUCGAUUCCGCAUAAAGAAAAAGAUGAGAGAACAAGCACUAGAACGUACAGCACGUGAAAUGACAGCUAAAGUCGAGGCUCUUGAAACUAAAUUGCGUGAGUUGGAGUUGGAGAACAAGUGGUUGCGAAGCUUGGUUGUAGAGAAAGAUCCACGAUUAUUGGAUGUGGAGAGACCAGGAAAGCGCAGAAAGCCAAAUGAAGAGAACGAGGGAUCCACAUCUACUGCCUCCGCUUAG